AAUUGGGGGGCCAUGCCCCAGCCGGCCCCCUGGGCCACGCCCUGGUGCCGUAUAAUUCUGGCCUAUUGUCGUUGUGGUAGACAGGCAACCAAACCGAGGGAAAAGAAGGCAAAGCGGUGGUUUUCCCGAGACAAGGUCAAGCUUUUCUUUUACCACGAGUUUUUCUUCUUGGCAAAGACCCGGUAGUUUCCGGAGAUAUGGUCAAGCUUUUCUGUUCCUUCGCGUUUUUCUCCUUGAUACAUUUAUUGUCCUACUAUUACAUUUUGAUUCAAAAGCUUUUGCCAUAGGUCAAUGUUUUACAUGGUCCAGCUUUUCAGCUGCAUAGGACCCCCUUGACCUUGAUAACAGGUUACUUAAUUAGGGGCUCCAAAGCCAAAACCCUUGAUAAUCAAAUUUUCUGUCACUCCCCCUCCAUUUGAAUCCAUCAUUCUCUAGUCCUUCUGAUCAAAGCAUGGCUGAUGCUCUUGUUUCAGCAGUCUUGCAGCAGCUAACAGCUGUUGUUUAGCAAGAAGUUGAAAGAGAGGUGACACUUGUUGCGGAUGUGAGGAAAGAAGCCCAGAAGCUCAAGAACACUCUCCAGACUAUCCAAGCAGUGCUGAUGGAUGCAGAGAAAAGGCAGGUGAAAGAGGAAGCUGUCAAGCUUUGGUUGGGCAAGCUUAAAACCAUAUCUUAUGACAUGGAUGAUUUGAUAGAUGAAUGGAACACUUUCAUUGUCAAAUCUCAAAUUGCAAAGAAGGCAUGCUCCUUUAUUCCCUCCCCAUGCUUGUGUUUCAGUAAAAUUGUUCUGCAUCGUGACUUUGCUGUCGAGAUAAAGGGUCUGAACAAAAGACUGCAAGUGAUUGCCAAAGAAAAAGAUAUGUUCAGUUUUCAUUUAAUUAGGGGCAAUUUUGAAGAAUUUGAGCGACCAAUCACUACUUCUUUUAUUGAUGUAUCCGAGAUUUGUGGUAGGGACCAGGAUAAGAAUACUAUAAUUAGUAUGUUGCUGUCCGAAAACAGUCAAGGGCUCCGUAUCAUCUCUGUGAUUGGAAUGGGAGGUAUUGGAAAAACAACUCUUGCCCAACUAGCCUACAAUGACCGGAAGGUGAAAGCCUGCUUUGAUAAAAGAAUAUGGGUGUGUGUCUCGGAUCCUUUUGAUGAGAUUAGAAUAGCCAAAGCGAUUCUUGAAGCUUUAAACGAGGUUGCUCCCAAUGUAGUUGAAUUGGAGACUUUAUUGCAGAAAAUACAUCGAUCAAUUGAGAGAAAGAAGUUUCUUCUUGUUUUGGAUGAUGUGUGGACUGAAGAUUGCACAAAGUGGGAACCAUUGAAACACUCCCUCAAAUGUGGGUCACCAGGAAGCAAAAUUUUGAUCACCACACGUAAGGAGAAUGUUGCAUGUAUCAUGGGUAGCACGACUCUGUUCCCAUUAGGGCAAUUGUCCGAGGAGGAAUGUUGGUUGUUGUUCAGUCAGAUGGCAUUUUUUGGAAGGACUAGUGAGGAAUGCAAAGGUUUAAAGGACAUUGGUAGGAAGAUAGCAAACAAAUGCAAAGGUUUGCCGCUUGCUGCAAAGGUUCUUGGGGGACUCUUACGCUUCAAAAAAUCCAGAGAACAGUGGCAGAGUUUGUUGGACAGUGAGCUAUGGGAACUUGAAGAGGCUGAAAAAGGUAUUUUCCCUCCCUUGUUGUUGAGCUAUUAUGAUUUGCCUCCAACCUUGAGGCAGUGCUUUUCCUAUUGUGCCGUCUUUUUAAAAGAUUCUGUGAUAGAGAAAGAUAAGUUGAUCAAAUUGUGGAUGGCGCAAGGUUUCUUUAAGGGAAUGCAACAUAAAGAGAUGGAGAUCAUUGGUCAGGAAUGCUUUGAUGACCUAGCCAUGCGCUCCUUCUUUCAAGACUUUCAAAAAGAUGAAAACAACAAUAGCAUAAUGAAAUGCAAAAUGCAUGAUAUAGUCCAUGAUUUUGCACUAUUUUUGACAAAAUAUGAAUGUUUAAUGUUGGAAGCAGAAGUUGUGAAAGGGCCCAAGAUAGACUCUUACAAUGGAAAAUGUUGUCAUCUGGUAAUGGUGCUUGAGAAGGAGAGCUCAUUUCCUUCCUACAUUGACAAUGUGCAAAAAUUGCGUAGCCUCUUAAUCAAGUCAUAUAAUAAAAAUAGGUCAAUUGAAGGAGCUUUGCCUAAGUUAUUUGAUCAACUGAUGUGUUUAAGGACUCUGGAUUUGAGUUGGUGUUUGAUUAAAGAAAUACCAAAACAGAUAGGGAAAUUGAUACGCUUGAGGUACCUGAAGCUUAGUAAUAACCAUGAUUUGCUAGAAUUGCCAGAAACUUUGUGUGAUUUAUAUAAUCUACAAACCUUAGACCUCACACGUUGUAGAAGUCUUAGAACGCUCCCCUUUGGAAUUGGAAGGCUUCUCAAUUUGAGGCACCUUGAUAAUUGGGAGACUUUUAGAUUGAGAUUCAUGCCUAAAGGAAUGGAAAGAUUAACAGGCCUUCGGACAUUAAAAGAGUUGGCGGUGAGCGAUGGCAGCAAUGGCAGUGAAACAUUUGCCCUUGGAGAUUUGGCGAACUUGAGUUACCUUCGAGGGGAUCUAAAGAUAAGAGGAUUAGGAAAUGCAACAGAUGUGACUGAGGGUAGGAAAGCAAAACUGUAUGAUAAGAAAGACCUCAUUGGUUUGACACUAAAUUUUGAUUUAAAUGGGAGAGUCUGCGGUGAAGACCUCAUUCUGGAAGCAUUGCAACCGCCUCCUCACUUGGAAAGAUUAGAGAUACGGUGCUUCAAAGGGCCCAUCCUGUUCCCCAGUUGGCUGAACUCGUCAACGUUAGACAAGCUGAGGCGUCUCACUCUUGGUAAUUGCAAAAACUGGGAGUAUUUGCCUCCCCUGGGAACAUUGCCUUCCUUGGAAUCACUCGAAAUAUUAAACUCGAGCACAGUGAAAACUGUGGGAGUUGAAUUUUUGGGGGUAGAAAGCGAGCACGAGCAAACAUCUUCCCCUUCAUCUUCAUCACCUCUGAUUGGCUUCCCCAAUUUGAGAUCACUUCGCUUUUCAGACAUGAGAGAAUGGGAUGAGUGGAGUUAUGAAAUCCCAUCUUCAAGCAGUGGAGUAAUUGAUAUCACAAUCAUGCCACGUCUUCAUUCCUUAGACAUUCAGAGGUGCUGUCGGUUAAAGGCCUUGCCAAACCAUCUUUACUGGGCGACAAGCCUACAGGAAUUGAGCAUUGCUUGGUGUCCUUCUCUUUCCGAACAUUGCAGAAACGAGUGGCCUAACAACGCUCACAUUCCUAACAUCCGAAUUAAAGGUGUAAAUGUGCUAAGAUAUGGUCAUGUGCCAAAUUACAAGGAUGUAAUAAAUUGUAAUCCUCUCAUAGCUGCGAGUGAAGUGAAGCCAAAUGGAAUGCUUUGUUUGUCUGUUUAUGACAAAGGAGCCGAAACUUCCAUCCCCUGUUUCAGUCCAACCACUACCAUUUCUCUUUCUAGAUGUCUAUCCCAUUCCUUCCCCAUCCCAAGCAAUUUCGCCAACCGUCAACUGAUUCUCAAGUAUUUUUGUUCUCCUACCAUGGCUGAUGCACUUGUUUCUGCAGUCUCACAACAAUUAGCUGCGGUCCUCUUUCAAGAAGCUGAAUAUGGGUUGAGACUUGUUGCAGGCGUUAAUGAAGAAGAAGUCAAAAAGCUCGGCAGCACUCUUCAGAUCAUUCGAGCCGUCCUGGUGGAUGCAGAGAAAAGACAACUAAAGGAGCAAGCUAUUAAAGUUUGGCUGGAUAAGGUUCAAAAUGUUUCUUAUGACAUUGAGGACGUGUUGGAUGAGUGGAAAAUUGCAAUUCUCAAAUUGCAAAUCGCGAGAGCUCAAAGCCCUUCAACUUCCUUCCUUCUAAGCAAGGUACGCUCGUGGAUUCACUCUCCAAGCUAUAGCAUUACUCGAGCCAUUCACCGUUAUGAUAUUGCUGUUAAGAUUAAAAAACUAAAUCAAAGACUUCAAUCAAUUGCCAAAGAGAAAGAUGAUUAUGCUUUCACAGUUGAUCUGAAUAGGAAGACUGAUCUAGAACCGGAACGACCAAUAACAACAUCCUUUGUCGAUGUAUCUGACAUACAUGGCCGUGACAGAGAUAUAAAUGUCUUGAUAAACAUGUUGCUGUGCAAGAACAACAAUGAAGAAAGGGGAAUCCCCAUAAUCUCUAUAGUGGGGAUGGGAGGGAUUGGGAAAACAACUUUAGCCCAAAUUGCUUACAACCAUUAUAAGGUGAAGGGUUGUUUUAAUAAGAGAAUAUGGGUGUGUGUUUCAAAUCCUUUUGAUGAAAUGAGGACUGCGAAAGCUAUUCUUGAAGCUUUAACAGGAGUUGUUUCAAACUUCACCGAGUUGAAUACUUUGCUAGAGCAAAUCCGUGAAUCUAUUGAGGGAGAGAGGUUCCUUCUUAUCUUAGAUGAUGUGUGGGGUGAAGACGAGAGAAAGUGGCAAUCAUUGAAAUACUCUCUUGACAAUGGUUCCAGAGAAAGCAAAAUCAUGAUGACCACACGGAAGGAAAAUGUAGCUACUAUCAUGGGUUGCAGCACAUUAUUUCGUUUGGGGAAGUUAUCCAAAGAAGAGUGUUGGUCCUUAUUUAGUCGCCUAGCAUUUUUUGGAAGGGAAGACAAACAGCGUGAGAAUUUAGAAGACAUUGGUAAGAAAAUUGCAGAUAAGUGCCAGGGCUUGCCACUUGCAGCAAAAACUCUAGGAGGUCUCUUACGUUUUAAGAGAUCUAGAGAACAGUGGCAGAGAAUCUUGGAUAGUCGGUUAUGGGAACUUGAGGAGGCUGAAAAUGGUCUUUUUUCUCCCUUACUAUUAAGCUAUUAUGAUUUGCCAUCACCAUUAAGGCAGUGCUUCUCAUACUGUUCCAUUUUUCCAAAAGAUUAUAUAUUAGAGAAAGAUUUAUUGAUCAAGUCGUGGAUGGCUCAAGGUUUUCUUGGAGAGACGCAACAUAAAGAUAUGGAGAUCAUUGGUGAAGAGUACUUUGAUAACUUGGUGAUACAUUCUUUCUUUCAAGAGUUUGAAAAGGAUGAAAAUGAGGAUAGCAUAAUCAGCUGCAAAAUGCAUGAUAUAGUGCAUGAUUUUGCUCAAUACUUGAGAAGAAUGAAAAGUUUUAUGGUGGCAAGUAACAAUGUUGAAGAGUUAAAAAUGGACUCUUAUCAGGAAAAUGUUCAUCAUCUAACACUGAUUCAUGAUGAAGCUGUUGCAAUUCCCAAUGCCAUUUUUAAUGUAAAAAAGUUGCGUAGCCUGCAACUUAAUUUAAAUGAUAAUUCUGCUGUUAGUGCAUCACUGGCUAAAUGGUUGGAUCAGUUGACUUGUCUGAGGAUACUAAGCUUCAAAGACAUGGAUUAUGGAGUAAAAAGUUCAAUUAAAGCAAUUCCAAAGGAAAUAGGAAAAUUAAUGCAUUUGAGAUAUCUUAACUUAGAGGGGAACAGUGAGUUAGAAAGAUUGCCUGAUAGUCUGUGUGAUUUGUGUUACUUGCAAACUCUGAACAUCAGGUCUUGUAAAAAUCUUAUGAAAUUGCCCCAUGGAAUUGGAAAGCUAGUCAACCUGAGACAUCUUCAAAAUGCUGGUACAGAUAGAUGCAGAUUCAUGCCAAAAGGAAUGCGAAGAUUAACGUCUCUACAGACAUUGGAUGAGUUUGUGGUAAGCCGUGGUGAUGUUGAGAGUAAAUCAUGUAGCCUCGGAGAUUUGGGAAACUUAACCCAUCUUCGAGGGGACCUUGAGAUCAGAGGAUUGGCAAAUGUGGCAGAACCAAGUGGGGCAAAGAAAGCACAGCUUUGGACAAAGAGUGGCCUCCGUGGGUUGCGUCUAAAAUUUGAUCCCCAGGAUAUACAGCAGAUCAAAACUGAGGAUGAAAAGUUUGUACUAGAAGCCUUGCAACCUCCUCCGCACCUAGAAACUUUGGGUAUGUUCCACUGUAGAGGUCCCGUUGCUUUCCCUAGUUGGAUGACAUCGUUGACUAUGCUGAAGAGGGUUCAACUACAGAAUUGUCUCAACUGGAAAAGCUUGCCUCCCCUGGGGAAGCUGCAGUCCCUUGAAUCUUUAGAGAUAGAGGUUAUGAAUGAAGUAAAAAAAGUGGGAGACGAAUUUUUGGGAGUAGAAAGAGAAGAUGGACAAGCAUCUUCUUCUUCAUCACCUUCUUCAUCUGUUAAUAAUAAGAUUGCCUUCCCCAUGUUGAAAAAACUCAAAUUUUAUUACAUGAAAGAGUGGGAAGAGUGGGAAUAUCCAAACCUGUGGACAAGCAGAGGAGAAGACUCUGUUACAAUUAUGCCCCGUCUUCAUUCAUUAACAAUACACUAUUGCCUAAAGUUGAAGGCGUUGCCAAGCCACCUUCUUCAUAAUACAAUGCUGCAAGAACUGCAUGUCAGAGGUUGCCCUGUUCUCGGAGAACGUUUUAAAAAGGGGAGUGGGGAGGAUUGGCCUUCUAUCUCCCACAUCCCUACCAUCCAAAUUGACGAUCAAUUGGUGCUCGGCCAAGACCUGGGGUUCUCUUGUUAGUCAUAAGUUGUGGUGGUGCAAUCUAUCCUCAGGGACCUGAAUUGGAUUCAAGGCAUCCAUUUUUCUCUGUCUCUAUGACUGAAGUGUUCGGUGAUGAGAAAAACUCAGAAAUAUGGGUCGCCAUGGCCAAGAAUCACAAGGACUCUAUCAUAAUAUGUUCAUUUCUAAGAAAUUCUGCUUGAAACCACUUGAUAGCUAGAUCGAAAGGAAAUACAGACAAUAUUACCUGAAGAGCAGAUAUCUCAUCUCAUCAUGUCAGCCUUCGCAGGGUCCAUCUUAUGAACUUCUCGAUCUCAGUUGUAUCACCCACCCGGCUUUCUUUCUCUUCUUCAAGGUGGUGCUUUUCAACAUCAAAGCACCAAAUGUGUACAUAUGCUAUGUAAUUUUCUCAAAAUUUUGUACGUUGCUUUCUUUGCUCUGCUGCUAAUUAAUGGGCUUUCAACAAUUGUCAAAAACAAAUACAAGACAUACGUAGCAAGCAUUUGCCUUUAUACUUGUGAUUGACUGAUAAAGCGGGGAACUGAAAAAAAAUACUCUACAUCAGAAAUCUCUGUCUUGCUUUGGAGAAAACAAUAGUUCUAUUGAAUAUCCUACCUUAAGCUGAUUUUGAUUCUUUGGCCAAUCUUACUAAUAUAAUUCUAUACAUCCAAGUCGUUCUUUCUACUCACUGUGCUUCUGGUAGGUAUCCUCUCUAAAACUUGUGAAAUUUUUGCUUCUGCCUAUUUACUAGACUGCCAGCCUCAUGAAACAACCAUUCUCUUUUUGUCUUUGUGAUGCUAUUGAUUGUAGACAACAUAAAGCAUUCAUUUUUAGCUAGUGAUAGUUGCAGCAUCAAGCUGCUUCAUUCAGUACCAUUUGAGAUUCAAUUAGAAUCUGCGAACCUUGAAUAUUAUCGAAAGAAGUACCCUGCUAUUCAGGCAGCAAUUAAGCAGGUUUAGAAAUAUUAUCUCUUUUGAAUUAACCAUAGUGCAGGUGGUAAUCUGUAUAAUAAUUUAAACAUCAGUAUAUAAGCAAUCCUAUGUAAACCUAUAGCUGCAAAAUUUUCUUUCUGCUUCUUUUUGUCGAGAGGCUAACUUACUUCUCUUACAUAUCAUAACAGAGCUUGCUGCUACCGAAAAGUAUGGUGGAAUAGUUUAUUUCCUCAUGGGGGACCUUUUUUUUGUACCCUGGACUUGCAUGGAGCAUCCAACUCUUCCAGGGGAUAUGCUUAGCACCAAUAAAGUUAAAGACAAAUAAGGACCACUGGUCCUCAAGGAUUUCCAGUAACAUAUUGUUGACAUCACAUUUGGGUAUAGUGUUAUUGAAUGACAGUUUCAUCAUCAGUGUGAAUUAUGUAUUUGUUU